ACAGGUGACUGGUAGAAGAGAGAGACCUAUUCCUGACUAUGUCGAGGAGAAAGUUGGAGAAUAAAAGCCUUCCUGGCUUGUUAGCCACAUCUCUGCAGACACAAAUUAAGACAGACAAUUUCCACAAUUUUUAUAUGCUUGAAUCGAAAGAGCUAGGAAGAGGAAGAUGUGCUGUCGUUAGAAAAUGUAUAGCUAAAUCCACAGGCCAAGAGUAUGCAGCUAAAUUUUUAAAGAAAAGAAGAAGAGGUCAAGACUGCAAAGCAGAGAUUCUUCAUGAAAUUGCCGUGCUUGAAUUAACGAAAUCUAAUCCUCGCAUAGUUAAUCUCCAUGAAGUCUAUGAAACAGCAAAUGAAAUCAUCUUAGUGUUGGAAUAUGCUGCUGGAGGAGAAAUAUUUGACUUGUGUGUCCCAGAUCUGGAUGACAGAAUUGGUGAAAGGGAUAUUAUAAGACUUAUAAGACAAAUACUUGAAGGACUUCGCUGCUUGCAUGAAAACAAUAUUGUUCAUCUUGAUUUAAAGCCUCAAAAUAUUUUGCUGAGCAGUGUCAAUCCUCUUGGUGAUGUAAAAAUUGUAGAUUUUGGUAUGUCUCGGAAGCUUGAAAAUUCUAGUGAACUGCGGCAGAUCAUGGGAACAACAGAGUAUCUAGCUCCAGAAAUCCUAAACUAUGAUCCUAUUACCACAGCUACAGAUAUGUGGAACAUAGGUGUAAUUUCAUACAUGCUGCUGACACAAGAAUCUCCAUUUGUGGGAGCUGAUAAUCAAGAAACUUACCUUAAUAUAUCUCAAGUUAAUGUGGAUUAUUCAGAAGAAACAUUUUCAUCAGUUUCACAGCCUGCCAAAGACUUCAUUCAAAAACUUCUCAUAAAAAAUCCACAGGAAAGACCCACAGUAGAGGCCUGUCUUUCUCAUUUGUGGUUGCAGCAAGGGGAGUUCAUACUCUUGUGUAGCCCUGAAGAAACUUAUUGCUCUUCUCCGAUGUCAGGACACGCCACAAAAUGCUCAGAAGAGCAGAAUAUAAAAUCCAGUUGUAAUGGUACGUGUAGCAACAAGGAGGACAAAGAAAACAUUCCAGAGGACAGCAGUACAGUCUCCAAACGUUUCCGUUUUGAUGAUUCAUUGCAGUAUCCCCAAGACUUCAUGACAGACUUCAUAUGUUAAUGUGUGAUAUAGACUUUUAUAAAAUGAAUUUAGCAUAAUCUGUUCCAGUGGCGAAUAUAAGAUUAUGGCUUGCCAAUUCAUGCAGCAUUGGCAUACUGGAAAUGCACUUUGAUUCUUUUAUGCUGGUGCUACCUUUUCUAUCCAUUGCUGGCAAUGGAUUUAACUCCUGAGAAAUUGGGGUUGUUGCACCAAUAAAAUGAAUUAUUUUUUUUAAGAAUAUAUAAUGAAAUAUUUUUGCACUUUUCAAGUUUUAGUCCAAAAAUGAUGCCAGAGUGAACAAACCAAAACCUGGAAAGGAGUUUGUUUAAACUCAGGCUUUGCCAAACAGUGGUUGAAUACAUGCACUCUUUUAUGACUCGCUCUAAUGAGAAAUUGGUCUAAGCAGGAAAACUGAAUCUAGGUGUCUUACUGGGCUUAUUUGUGACCACCAUUCUCAUCACUUUAAAUGGAAGCUAAAGUUGGUAUGUUUUGGGAAUAUGAUACAUCUGAUGGGGCCAUUUGGAAAACUGCUUUCUCUCUAGGAUCAUUAAUAGUUAAGGAAAUGUUUCUGCCUUAUAGAACUGGUCCACUUAGGGAUUAUAAUGCAUACUCUGUGUGUUUUUCCUGUGUUGGAUCUCUGGAAUGCUUGAAUAGAAAACAGGUAGAUUGUCAGGCCUUGUGCUAGUGGUCCUUUGGUUCUUAUCAGUAAGUUAUAUUUGAAGAGGAUGAGGGUCCCAUGCUGAUGUGAAUAUUUGAUACACUUGUUAGUUUGCUUUCAUAAAACCUCUGAAAUAGUAUCGUCUAACUGUAUUGACCUAUUAUUCAUCUUAACAAAAAAACAAACAAAACCCACAAAA